UAAAUUUCAUCCAAUAAAGAACCUGAAGGAGGAGCUGGCAGGCGGGUCAGUGACGCAAUGCAGAUUGAUUGGCAUUCAAACCAUCGAAAUUCUGGAUUAGCCCCGAGUUUAGCCAAUGCAAAGGCAGGGGUGGGACGGUGCAAGCGCAAAGGAUUAGGUUUGGCUAGACUCGAUUUAAAGAGACAGAAGCUGUCGGAGUCCAAGAAGACGGUCCCCGGGACCCUCCCCCCAAGUCCUUGGGACCACUUGGGUCCCCAAAGCUGGGGAGAUGGUCUGCGGAGGCUUUGCCUGCUCCAAGAAUGCGCUGUGUGCGCUCAACGUGGUCUACAUGCUGGUAGGCUUGUUGCUCAUUGGAGUGGCUGCUUGGGCUAAAGGCCUGGGUCUGGUGUCCAGCAUCCACAUCAUCGGAGGAGUCAUAGCCGUGGGAGUCUUCCUUCUUCUCAUCGCGGUGGCUGGACUGGUGGGUGCUGUCAACCACCAUCAAGUACUGCUAUUCUUUUACAUGAUCAUCCUUGGCUUGGUCUUCGUCUUCCAGUUUGGAAUCUCUUGCUCAUGUCUGGCUAUUAACAUAAGCAAACAGACAGAUAUCAUCAAUGCUUCUUGGCGGGUCAUGAGCAACAAGACUCGGAAUGAACUGGAAAGAAGUUUUGAUUGCUGUGGCUUGUUCAACCUCACAACCCUGGAUCAACAAGAUUAUGCUUUCUGCACUGCAAUCUGCAAGAGCCGGAGCCCCUCAUGUCAGAUGUGUGGAGAGAAGUUUCUUAGGCAUUCAGAUGAAGCCCUGAAAAUCUUGGGAGGUGUUGGACUCUUCUUUAGCUUUACAGAGAUCCUUGGUGUUUGGCUAGCAAUGAGAUUUCGGAAUCAGAAGGACCCUCGAGCCAACCCUAGUGCCUUUCUAUGAGAUGCUGAAUCCUUCUGACUUUUCUCCUGCUGUUUGCUCUCCCUAAGCCUUUUUUUUCCCCUCCCUUAGGGAAAACCUGGGGUUUACAGCCCUUUUUGUUUGAGGAAAAAGGAAGGGUCUUUUGCCAUGUUCUCUAAACGACUGAAUAGCUAGGCUUUAUGCCUUGACAUGUUUUGUUGGGAACAAGAUUAUAAAGAAUAAAAAAACCUUCCUUCCUCUCUCCCUAAGUGGAUAUGGAAAGCUCCUGAAAGUGCAUGAGAUGGGAUAGAGGUCGGAGGAACUCCUGGCUCUGUUUCCCCUCUUCUCCCUUCCAUGUGCUGGACUGCCUCAACACAUCCUGGCUCCAAGGGUAAAUCAGGGACAAAGCCAGGGAGAAAACCACCAAGAACUCUUGUAAUAAGCUGGACCCAGUUUGAAGAAGUUCAGUAAAUAUAAAAAUAAAAGCCAUUUAAACUCUA